AUGGAUAGACAAUCUGUUGUUAAACCAAUCUCAACGGUAAUACCGUUUCCAUUGAACUUUGACAACCAGAAGUUCACAGAGAUGUACAAAUCGUACAAUAAGAUUAUGAUUCUGGCACGUGACUUGAACACUCAGAUCGAUGUUCCAGAGUUUGUGGUCGUGGGCAAGGAUGGAACGGGCAAAAGCGCCCUGAUCGAAUCGUUUGUCGGCUUCCCAAUGGGCGACGCCGGCGCCACCCAGCGCCCACUGCUCAUCAACUUGGUCAACAACCCACAGUACGAGCGACCACGCAUUGUAUUCAAGCGCGAUCGCUUCCUGCCCAACCUCGAGGUGGACAAGGUCGUCGACCUGCAGGACCUGGCCAAGGAGAUUGGCGCACGCAAUGUCAAGAGCAGCAUCCCCAUCAAGGUGCAGUUUGAGUACCGCCACGUGCUCAACAUGCAGUUCAUCGAGCUUCCGGCCACCGCCGACGACGACCUGGUGCAGACUUUUGCGCGACCCACCAACCGCAUGUUGGUGUUUGUGAACGCGGCGACAGCCGCUGGCGAGGCCGGCUACGCCGACGCGGCCAAGCGCUUCGAUCCAAAGCUGGACCGCAGCAUCUUUGUCUUCACCAAAUUCCACGACCACCUCAAGACAUUCAGCAACGCUCGCGACCUCAAUCGAUACCUGAGCAUCGUGAACAACGACGCACAGACCUUCUUCCUCACAUUGCCCAACGCCGACGCGCGUGCGGGCGCCGGAAACAAGGAGCUGCUGGCCGCGGCACUCGACGAGCUACAGAAGCAGGACAUGGAGCUGUUGGAGCAGCUGCAAUUUGAUCGCCGAUUCGAGCGAAACAUCGGCUACUCGGCCUUCCGCCACGCCGUCUCGGAGAUCACAUGGCGCCAGUACCAGGAGGCCAUCCCCGAGGUGCUGAAGCGUCUGCGCGCCUUCCGCAAGAGCUCGGAGGAACAGCUCGCCAAGCUCAAGAUCCAGCUCGAGAACAUGAACGCCGGCAAACUGCGCAUCAUCGCUAGCAACUACGUCAUGGAGUUCUUGCAGUCGAUUGAGAAGUUGGUGGUUGGCACGCUCGAGGGUAACCCCACACUCAACGGCCAGACCCUGGCCGAGGAGAAGUCACAGGACGAGACUGGCGAGUGGGUCGAUCACAACCAUCGCGCCAUCCUCUUCGACGCCAAGACAAUGAAUGUGCCAUUCCACGAGUCCAAGGUCUAUGGUGGCCAGCAGUUUGAGCGUCUGCUUUCAGAGUUCAAGGCGAUCAGCGAGGCUGCCGAGCUGGCCGAACUUUCUUCGGACGAGAUUGCCACAGCCCUGGGCUCGAACCGCCCAAGCAACGUAUCGGUGCUGGCGUGGGCGGCCAGCGACAUUGCACAGCGCAAGUCCAAGGAGGCCUUGCGUCCCCUUAUCGACCAACUCUUCCGUCGUGCAGUCUACAUCCUGCGUCGCCUCGUAGACAUUGUCGAUCGCAUGAUUGAGAACAAGAGACGUGCACAGAUCCGUAGGGUUGGUGGCUCGCCAUCAUUCGAGUCGGCACCCAUGUCACUAGGCGGCCUGCGCUCGGGCUCGAACGUGGGUCCAGGCGGCUCUGUCUCGGGCGCAUCCGGCGCCAUGACCUCGGCGCUGGUCAACAUUGACGACCACCCCUACUUCACGUACGCCAUCAAGGAGAUGUACUUCAAAUUCAUCGACCAGAUCGUCCAGACCUGCAAGAGCAAGUGCAUCGACGAGUUCUACACGACACGCCUCAUCUACUGGGAGCUGCAGAACAACGACGAGCUCAAGGCGCUGAGCGAGGCAGGCGCCGCCGCCAAGACCAAGGACGACACACAGCGCGUCGUCAACAAGCUGGCCGCCAAGCUGUUCCGCGACACCAAGGCGCGCAUCACCAAGAACAUCAUGUUGAAGUGCUUCAACUACUUCCUGAUCCCCAUGCAGUCGGACCUGUGGGGAGAGGUGCAGGGCCGCAUCACCAUCCUGUCCGACGUGAUGCUGGAGGAGCUGUUCGAGGUGUCCGUCACCAAGGAGCGUCUAAAGGAGGACGAGCGUCAUCUCGGCCAGAUCUCAGUCCAGUUCACCCAACAAGAGGAGAACUUCAUGUUGGCCGCCAACACCUUCUCUCAUCCAGUCUUCUAA